AUGAAGCUCUCGUACAACCCAUCCCAUCUCCCCCUCCGUCGCCAGGCAAGCGACGUGCCGGCCUCACCACCCACAACACGACCGACUCCGCCUGGCAUCUCUUAUGAGCUCUUCAUCGGCUUCCUCUGGGCAGGCGUUGCCAUCGCGACCAUCUUCAUUGCUAGCCGGCUGUACGCCCGCAUCCGCACCUCACGCCGGCUCUACCUGGACGACUUGUUCAUCUCGUUUGCCUAUGUUUUGGUUGUGGUCACGGCUGCCCUGUGGCAGUGGGGUGCAAAGGACAUGUACUACAUUCUGAAUGCCAAUGCCGGGCUGGUCCAAGUCGGGCCCGACUUUGUCACGCGUAUGCGCCGGUUUCUCCUCGUCUCGUUCAUCGUCGAGAUGUUCUUCUAUACCGUUCUGAUGCUGUUUAAGCUGUCGCUUCUCUUCUUCUUCAAGAGGCUGGGCAGCAGUGUCGACAGGUUCAAGUAUUUCUGGUGGCCUACCCUCGUCUUCUCCAUGUGCACAUAUCUCGUCGCCGUCGGUGACAUCGACUACGAGUGCUUGUUUGGCAGUCUGAAGGACAUCACGGUCCGCUGCAAUUCCCCCUCUGGGACGUAUUUCCUCAAGGUUACGCUGGACGUCAACUGCGCCCUCGAUGUCCUUUCCGACUUUCUGAUCAUGCUUCUUCCCAUUCUUCUGCUGUGGAAUGUCCAGAUUCGUCUGGGCAAGAAGAUUGCCCUCCUUGGCCUCUUCUCCCUCUCCAUCAUCACCAUGGCCGUAGCCAUAGCUCGAGCAGCCGACAUUGGCGCUACGCAAAAGUCCAACGGGUUGCCCGACAGCACGUAUCUGUGGUUCUGGAGCUCCCUCCAGUCGUUCCUGUGCAUCGUAGUCUCGUGUGCGGCUGCCUUUCGCCAGCUCUUUGUAUCGUCGACGCGAUCAAACAGCACCCCCCUUCGCAAACCAACGAGAAGUUGCUACGAGCGCAUGGCAUCGAAUUUCAGGCCCAGACGGCGGAAGCCCAACGACACCAUUUUGUACGACAUGCCAAGCACCCGCCAGACGGGCAAAGGCUUCAACGCCUUCGACUGUGUCGCCAUGCGAGACGGAUCCGAGGCAGAUUCGCAGCAUAGUAGCCAGAGCCCUGUUCUUGUUCCGCGUCUAGGAAAACCGGUUGCGGCUUGUUACAAGGCCCCGGAUCAAAAUCACACGCAGCCGAACCACAUUACCAGGGAGGUUGAGUUUCGCGUCACACAGCAUACGGGCUGA